GCUCUGGUAUCCUUAUAAAAUAAAUUUAAUUAUUAUUAAUUAAUGAGUUAAUAAUUUCUUUCAAUAGAAUUUUUGAAUUUUGUUGCUACCGGAUAAUUUUUUGAAUUAAUAAUUUUAAUCGGUGACUUUUAAAACGGCGACUAAAAAUUAUAAUUAAACCAAAUUAUAACCUGUCAAUUGGUCAUCGAACGUUUAUAAAAAAAAGAGAGAUCAACGAUAAUCUUAUCGCCAAAUUUUGGUUACAUUAUUAAAUUAUAUUACAAUUGAAAUAAGAACUAAAAAGGCCAAAAAAAAGUUGCAGUCACAAAUGGCGGCAACCGAAGAACCGCCAAGUAAAAAAACUAAACACUCCAAACUCCGUAAUGAAAUACCAGAAGAAAAAGUGGAUGGAAAUAAAAACAUUGGCGUUAACAUUAAUCAAGAAUCUUAUCCACCAGCUCUCCAUCUAGCCGUCGAAACACAAAACUCAGGAGUAAAUAAUAAGUUAGUUGACCAUAAAGACGACAUUGGCAUUAUUUAUGAAAAUAAAACAGCUUUGCUUCUUGCUGUUGAACAAGGUAACAAAGAAAUGGUCAAAAUACUUCUGAAACCUAAAAAAAAUAAAAGUAAGGUAAACAAAAGAGCUAAAGAUCAUCCGACACCUCUUACUGCGGCUAUCAAGUCUGGUAACUUUGAGAUAUUUCAACUAUUAAUAAACUCUGGAGCGUCCAUUAAAAAAAUGAUUCGUGACGAUAAUCUACUCUAUUAUACAGCCCAAUAUAAUGCUGUCGAAAUAGCUGAGUAUUUAAUUGCCCAAGGUGCUGAUGUUAAUACUUUCAUUACAAAUGCUCCGUCGCCAUUUUACCGAUUCGCGCCAUUACACGUCGCCAUUAAUUGUGGAAGUUUUGAAGUAGCUCAAUUACUAAUAAAUAGCCAAGCCAACGUUCACACUACGACAAGAAGGAAUAGAACACCAUUAGACUUAGCGAUCGAAAGAGGCAAUUAUCGGAUAUUCAAAUUAUUAGUUGACUCCGGAGCGACUGUGGAUUUGUCCUUCAAAAAUACGAAUCGAUCACAUUGGGCAGCUUAUCAUAAUUCAUUGGAAAUCGCUCAGUAUUUAUUGUCCAUAGGAGAUGAUAUUCAUUUUAAUUGCUUCUGCAGACGGUCGGACUUUUAUCGGUAUACUCCAUUACAUGUUGCUAUUCAGCGAGAAAGUGUCAAAGUUGCUCGAUUCCUAAUUAGCAAAGGUGCUGAUGUUAACAUUUGUGGAAAAAACGGCGAAUCACCGCUUACAAUUGCCAUUGAAAAAAAGAAUUCUGAACUAUUCCAGUUACUGUUAGAUACUGGAGCUGAAAUAAAUGAUUGUCCGGAUAAAGUUUUACCUUUACAUCAAGCUAUUGCUGUAAAUAAUAGCUACGUUACGAAAUUUUUGCUCGCCCUCGCGGUCUUGCAACCACAAUAA